CGGAAACCGAAACAUAACAUCAUCAGUGUCUCAUCCUCACCUGCCUUGGUUAUCCAUGAAAAAAAAAGUCACAAUCCCAUUCUUUCUUUUACUCGCCGGUUACCCGCACAACCAGACCCAGCGUCUACAAAUACCCACAAAAUGCUCACACCCAUGAUAUCGGGGGCGCUAGAAUCUGCCAUCUGCGUUGCUAUAUGGGUGGUGUUACUGAUAACCAGUGUUUCUGCUGGAGCCCUUGUGAUACAGUGGUUGUCAGAAAAUCCGGACCAUGCAGCGACAAAGAACAAGUUGACGCAGACAAAGAAGAAGUGGUUCGAUGAUAAGAAACGUUUGCUCGCUGAGUCAAAGGCCAUAUUCGAUCGGGAAGCAUACUUGAUAGAGCGUCUUCAACGAGAAGAGGACGAAAUGGCCGAAGGCCUUAUUGAUCCUGCUGGUCUGGAGUUGAUGAGCGUAUUAAAUGAAAACAUGGAUGAACAUCGGUUUAAGAUUCGACAUAAUUGGCGUCAGCUUGCAGACUUGCUGGAUCGAUACUGCGACUGA